CCUUGUUGUAAAAAGAAAGGGUAGAGGGGCCUUCGUCAAUCAUGAAGCGAUGAAAAAAAAGGAAGAUGGGAAAAAUGAAAACAGAGCACCAACUGAAUAACCGAAGCAUUCAGUGAGGUGAAGCGAGGACAGAAAAGGACACGCGGCUCCAGCAGCGUGAAUGGGCACGAGCCACUAGCAUGCGCCGUGGCGGGAAGCUAGUGUGCGCGGCUCCAGUAUAAAUUCUGCCGGGAAGACGAUGCCGCACACUCGCACUCCACACUCACCUCAGCCUCACUCACCUGCCUUCCCAAUCAUCAAAUCCAAUCCAGCUCCAGGUGCCGACACGCCAGAGCCAGACGCCAGAAGAGCAAACAAGAAGCCGACGACGUCGCGCACGCACGCAGACGCAAUGGCCACCGCCUCGCUCGCACUGCUCGAUCAUCAGCUGCCGUCACCGCCGGCGGUGGCGUCGUACAACGGCGGCGGCUCCGACCGCCUGAGCCAGGAGAUAUUCUCCAUCCUCGAGUCCAACUUCCUGUUCGGCGCGUUGUCGCCGCUGGAGGGCGUCCCGUCCUCCGCGGGCCGCGUCCGCGUGCUCUCCAUCGACGGGGGCGCCGACGGCGGCGCGCUCGCCGCCGCCGCGCUGGUCCGCCUCGAGCGCCGCCUGCAGGAGCUCUCCGGCAACCCCGCCGCGCGCGUCGCGGACUUCUUCGACCUCGCCGCCGGCUCCGGCGCAGGCGGGUUCCUCGCGGCGGCGAUGUUCGCGUGCCGGAUGCCCGCCGAGGCGGCGCGCGAGUUCGUGGCCAAGAACCGCAAGGUCCUGUCCAGCCGUGGCGGCGGGGGACUGAUGUCGUCGUUCCGUCGGCCCCGCCCCGAGGCCGCGUUCCGGAAGGUGUUCGGCGACCUGACGGUGCGCGACGCCGCGAAGCCGCUGCUGAUCCCGUGCUACGACAUGGCGAGCGCGGCGCCGUUCGUGUUCUCCCGCGCCGACGCCGUGGAGGCCGACGCGUUCGACUUCCCGCUGUGGCAGGUGUGCGCGGCCGCCUGCGGCGUGGGCCCCGCCGAGGUGGCGUCGCUGGACGGGCGCACCAGGCUGCGCGCCGCGGCGGGGGCCGCGGGCGCCGGCGCGGGUGGAGCCUCCGCCGCUGUGGCCAACCCGACGGCCGUGGCGCUCACGCACGUGCUCCACAACAAGCGCGAGUUCCCCUUCGCCGCCGGCGCGGCCGACCUCGUGGUGCUGUCCCUCGGCGGGAGCGCCGCCGCCUCGCUGGGCCGCCCCUCCUCCUCCAGCCUCCUUCGCAUCGCCGGAGCCUGCCAGGCCGACAUGGUUGACCAGGCCGUGUCGAUGGCGUUCGGGGAGAGCAGGGCGACCAACUACGUGCGCAUCCAGGGCAACGGCAUUGCGCCCGCCGCCGGCGAGACGGCGGAGGCGGCGGCGCUGGCGGAGCGGGGCGUGGAGUCAGUGCUGUUCCGCGGCAAGAAGCUGAUGGCACAGACCAACGGGGAGCGUCUGGACGCCGUGGCGGAGCAGCUGGUCCAGGAGCACCACCGGCGGCUGGAGAGCAAGACGCCGGUCGUGCUGGUGAAGGCCUCCGCGACGCCGCGGACGUCGUCGUCGUCCGCGUCCACGCUCAUCACCGUCUCCACCAACUCCUCGUCGGAGUCGCCCUGAGACUGCUGGGUGCUGGCACGACGAGAUGAGCGACCGACCGACCGAUAACUAGCGUGGCCUUGUUUUCCUUUUCACUUUGUUUUUGUUUCUAUUUAUUGGCUCGUUGGGUUUCUUCUAGUUUAGCGCGGCGCCGGCGCCGGUGCUCGGGGUUUUGAUUGCCUGCCGGCGCCGCCUGCGCGCUCCGCCUCCCGGUCACGGCCGCCGCCGAGCCGGACCCGCCGGCAGCGGCCGGGAAGAAAGAUCGAGGAGGGCCGUCGAGCGGCGAAGGCGCCAGAGAUGAUUUGUGUACGUACGUAGCUGCUAGGAAGAAGGAGAUGUGCGUGCCUGUACGUGUGCCGGUGUGCGUGUGCUGCAAACGCAGUGUAUGUACGUACGUGCGUACUUACUACGUAGUAGAGUGCCCGGAGCUUGGAUUGCAAUGCAAUGUGAUGAUGAUGAUGCUACUGUGUCGGUGUGGCGUUUACUGAUCACAGCUCAGCACUUAUUUCUUUGUCCUGCGAUGCGAUUCUUCAGUGUCACCUGGCAUUGCUCCUGAACAUUCUGAAGAUAAUGGAGUGUACUAGUAUUU